AUGGAUGAAUCACUUUUUAAAAAACCAACAACGCCAUUGACGAGGUUGCCUACCCCGGUUCCAUCUGGGGAGGCGGAGUUCGACGGGCGCAAGCCCGCCGAUGGUGAUGCAGUGCAGGAGAGGAAGGGCGUUAAGCCCAUCGAAGUCGUAGCCCGAACAGCCAGGGCUGCAGAAGAGGAUUCCGAAUCAAGCGGGAGUGUCUCUUCUCUCCGGAGCAGGAGGCUCUGGAGGAGGCAUUCCCGUUCGAUUGACAGUCUCACGCUCACCACGAGCGAUUCGGAUGAGCCGGCGCCUAAGGCUCUGACAGUUGAUGGCAGGGGGAGAGGGCGUCCUCUCUCUGCCGGGAAAUACGUUGGCCUGAAAAAGGCACAGAAGGAACGCGACAGAUUGAAGCGGGAGGAGGCGCGGCAGAAGACAGAGGAGAUUGAGGAGCGUCUCCGCUUCAUAAAGUCGCCUCGAAAGGAUAACUUAGAUGAAGACCGCCCCGUCCUCAAGGAGGACCUUAAAGAGUGCGGGCAAAUCGUGCGCGCUAUAGUAAGAAAGUCGGGCAAUCGUAAGGGCGCGUCUCAAAAGGCGCUCAACCGGGUGAUAAACAUCGUCGCCCGGUACGUUGAGCAGCCAGAGUCCGCCGCCAUUGCCCGCCUAACGGAAGAGAGAAAGAAGGCCCAGGAAGACAGCGCCCGCCUGGAGGCCAGUGUAAAGAGGUUACAGGAGGAGAAUGCCUCGCUCCGCCGUCGUCUUGAAAACUUGGAGGCGUCAAACGAGAAUGACAACACCACGACGGAAGAGAUGCUGGCCAUGGUGGAGGCGAGGGUACAGGCCCGGUUAGAGUCCGCCCUGAUGGGUCCGGCACAGCGGCCUCCUCUGGCCCAUGAAAGGCGAGUGACAACCGGGGACACACAACUCCCCGUGUCGGGGGGAAUAGUAGGAGGUCCUCCCCCGCCGAAGCCGAAGAGGGAGAAGGCAAAGGGGAAGGGGAAGAAGACAGCCCAACCCAUCCCACCCAUUCCCGAUGCCGUGGCUGGGCCAUCCAGCGCGCCGCCACAAGCUGUUGCGGGUCCUUCCACGGCCCCGAUGACGCCUGGCAAGAAGAAAGAAAAUGAAAAGAAGAAGGCAACACCGAAGCCGAAUCCCCAAAAGGGAAGGAAUAAGGACACGCCAGCACAACUCGCUCCGGAGCCCCGUCCGCUGCCGCCGGCCCCUGCGUCCAUGGACACGGCCUGGACAGAAGUUGUUAGCAGGAAGAAGAAGGCGAAGACCAGUGCACCAAAACCUGCAUCGAAGCGCCCCGAGCCGAAACUCCGGCCGCCGAAGUCAGCUGCAGUAGUCAUAUCGCUGACACCGGCGGCCGUCGAGAAGGGUCUGACAUACGCUGGAGUGCUGACGGAUGCUCAGCGGCGAGUGGACCUGUCCGGCCUACAAAUUGAUAGGCUCAGGCCGAAGUAUGCAGCCACGGGCGCCAUGCUCUACGAGGUGCCCGGGGCUGAUUCUGAGCAGAAGGCUGAUUCCCUCGCCGCAAGGCUCAGGGAGUGCUUUGGGGACUCGGACGUAGUUGUAACCCGGCCCACCAAGUGCUCCGAAUUGCGAAUUUCAGGGCUAGAUUUCGCGGCCACUUCCGAGUCAGUGAAGAUGGCCUUAUGCAGUGCCGGUGGGUGUGCUGCAGAGGUGGUCAAGGUGGGGGAAGUCCGACCCGAUAGAUCUGGGAUGGGCGCCGUUUGGGCCAAGGUGCCUACCAAAGCAGCCCAAAAAAUAAAGGCGGGACGGCUCAAAAUAGGUUGGGUCAUAGCGCGAGUGACCGUCCUUGAGGCACGGCCUAUGCGCUGCUACCGCUGCCUCGAGCAAGGGCACGUACGAGGUGGCUGCGCAGGACCCACAGAUCGCAGUGACCUGUGCUACCGCUGCGGCAAACCGGGCCACAAAGCCCGACAAUGUGUAGAUAAAUUUAACUGCGUCCUGUGCGCCGCAGCUGGCAAGCCCGCCGGGCAUCGAAUCGGGGGGAAGGCGUGUUCUGCCUUCUCCCGUAAAUCCCAGCGUCGCCCACGCAGGAGACCGGCUGCCACGGCUGAGACCCCUGGCCGAGUUCGAAUCGUUUCUCGCUCGGCUGGGGGCCCUGGUUGA